AUGGCUGCAAGAGAAUCAGGUAGAAUAAAGGAUGCUUAUCAGAAAAGGGUCCUUGAUGAUGCUGCACGUAAACGUAGACAAAAGAAAGCGUUGGAAGCUUUAGAACAAGAUAAUUUUCAUGAUGAUCCACACGCGGAUUUAGUAAUGAGCAAAAAAGUACCAAAAUUUCAGGAAACAUUGGACAAUAGAGGUGGUAGAAAAAAGAAGACUAGAUCGGCGGAAUAUUACAAGCAACGUUUUCGUAAAACAUUUGGUCAAUUGGUCGAAGAGGAUCUUAAUGCGAAUCCGUCUUCGCCUAAUUAUGCAUCUGCACAAGCUCCGCCAUCUCGUUUCCCCGAAAGACAUUUUUGUGCAGUUUGUGGUUUUCCCAGUAAUUACACAUGCAUACCAUGCGGUGCUAGAUACUGUAGUGUCAAGUGUUUAGGUACGCAUCUAGAUACAAGAUGUUUAAAAUGGACAGCUUAGAUGAAAAGUUUAAUUUUACCUUUUAUUUCCCUUUGUAUUAUAAAGACAAUAAAAAUUGAACAUUUUCAAUGAAAAAAAUAAGAUAUAAUAUAAGAAUUUUGUAUAAUAUUACGAGCUUUAAUAUAAUAUAAAUUAAAUUGGAUAUCAGUUUUACUUUAAUAGGUAUUAUAAAUUGAUUGGGAAAGUAUUGCAAUUAUAAUUAUUUAUAAUUUAAUUAUAUAAUAAUAAAAAUAUAUUUUUGACUUAUCAAGUCAUAUCUAUAUACGCAUAUGUUCUUAUAGUAAUAAAUUUAUUAUUAAAAUGUAAAAUACUGGUAAAGAAAAAAAAAAAAAUUAAGAUUCAUAAUGCUAAUAAAAAGAAGAUCCUCUCUCGAUUAAAAUUUCGAUGUGUUAAUGAAGACAGAGAUUAUGAUAUAUAAAUUUGUCUCAAUUACAUAUUUUAUAUUAAUUGAAAAA